GGCGGGGCGGGGCCGAUCCUUCCCUCCAUUGUGUGUGAUUGGCUGGCGUGCGGCGCGGGGGCGGAGCGCGUGUGUUGGGGGCUAGCCUCAGUGUCAGCCAUCUUUCAAUUGUGUUCGCAGCCGCUGCCGCGCCACUGUCGCUCUCUAACGCCAGCGCCGCCUCUCUCUCGCCGAGCUCCAGCCAAAGGAGAAGGGGGUAAGGAGGACCUUGUACCAUGGCUCGUACCAAGCAGACUGCCCGCAAAUCCACCGGUGGUAAAGCGCCCAGGAAACAACUGGCUACAAAAGCCGCACGUAAGAGUGCGCCCUCUACUGGAGGGGUGAAGAAACCUCAUCGUUACAGGCCUGGGACUGUGGCACUUCGUGAAAUUAGGCGUUAUCAGAAGUCCACUGAACUUCUGAUUCGCAAACUUCCUUUCCAGCGUCUGGUUCGUGAAAUUGCUCAGGACUUCAAAACAGAUCUGCGCUUCCAGAGCGCAGCUAUUGGUGCUUUGCAGGAGGCAAGUGAGGCCUAUCUGGUUGGCCUGUUUGAAGACACCAACCUGUGUGCCAUCCAUGCCAAACGUGUCACAAUUAUGCCAAAAGACAUCCAGCUAGCACGCCGCAUUCGUGGAGAACGUGCUUAAGAGUCCACUAUGGUGGGAGACAUUUCAUGCUCAAAAAAUUUUUUUCUCUUCUUCCUGUUAUUGGUAGUUCUGAAUGUUAGAUAUUUUUUUUCUCAUGGGGUCAAAAGGUACCUAAGUACACGAUUGUGAGUGGAAAAUAGGGGACAGAAAUCAGGUAUUGGCAGUUUUUCCAUUUUCAUUUGUGUGUGAAUUUUUAAUAUUCAUGCGGGGAUGUAAAGCAUUAAUGCAAGUUGAAAUGUUUCAGUGAACAAGUUUCAGCACUUCAAUUUUAUAACAAUUAUAAAUGAAAAUCUUAAAUUUUUCUGGACAAUGCCAGCAUUUGGGUUUUUUUUAAAAAACAAGUAAAUUUCUUAUUGACAGCAACUAAAUGGUGUUUGUAGCAUUUUUAUCAUACAGUGGAUUCCAUUCAGUCAUUAUACUUUUCUAACUGAGUUGUCUUACAUGCUAGUACAUGUUUUUAAUGUUGUCUGUCUUUCUGUGCUGUUCCUGUAAGUUUGCUAUUAAAAUACAUUAAACUGUA